CUCGCGACGGCCUGCGGUGGGGGGUUGCUUUACCGCUUUAUGUCGUAACGGCCUCUGACCCAGCCGUAAAGCCCCACUCCCAGCGAUGUCGUUGGAUCUGGGGAGAUUUAAAGUGAAAGGCGCCAGAAUCCGCUGCUGGCUGCCUGGCCGCCUCCUGUAGCGCGGCGGAGCCGCCGGCAACAUGGCGAGGGCUGGCGCCGUGCUUGGGGAGCUCAGCCUCAUGGACAAAGGCAUUGGGAGCUUGUUGGAGAUAACUCUAAGUUCAGAACUUCACACAAUCAACCUACAUUGUAACCAAAUCUCGAAGAUUGAAGGGCUUGGCCAUAUCCAGAAUUUGCAGCAUUUAGACUUGUCAUCUAAUCAAAUAAAUCAAAUCGAAGGACUAAGUACCCUAACUAAUCUUCGCACUUUAAAUUUAUCCUGUAAUUUGAUAACAAAAGUAGAGGGACUGGAAAAGCUACAUAAUUUAACUAAACUGAAUUUGUCAUACAACCGCAUACAUGAUCUUACUGGAUUUCUAGACCUUCGUGGAACCUGUCAUAAAGUUAGUCACAUUGAUCUCCACAGCAACUGCAUAAAUAGUAUUAACCAUUUACUCCAAUGUAUGAUGGGACUGCACUACUUGACCAAUCUUACUUUAGAAAAAAAUGGAAAGGGCAAUCCAGUCUGUGACACAACAGGUUACAGAGAGAUCAUCCUUCAGACUUUGCCUCAGCUAACAGUCCUUGAUGGAAGGAAUGUAUUUGGUGAACCAGUAAACUUGAAAGAAGAGAAUUCAUCAGAUUUGCAAUGUUUAGAAGGUCUCUUGGAUUGUUUGGUUUCAUCCAGUCCUCCAUGCCAUGAAGAACAGAGUUGUGUUAACUUGCGAGUGAUCACCCCUCAUAUUGAUAAGGUGUUAGCUCAGUUUCGACAACGUGCAAGUAUACCAACACAAAGUACCUUCAGUUCUUCUUCAGAACCAGUCUCCUCUUCAGAACCAGAAAGGGCUAAAACUGAUAAUGACUUAUACAGUGAGAUGAGGAUCAAAAAACUAGAGGAUCAAAUUUCACAGCUCUUGCAGAAGGUGUCUAAUUGUUCAAGAACAGGCACUCCUUUGAAAGUUCUCAAAGCAAAGAGAGACACUGAUCUGACUUCUGAGAGUGAGUGUGAAAGUGGAAAAGAGAACAACAGAAAGGUGGCUAAAAGAAGCAAGAUCCCUAAUUAUUGUAAAUCUACUUUGUCUACUAAGCACCAUGCUAAUCAUCUGAAAGGCAAAAUAACUGACAGGGGAGAGGAGCAGAAUUCCUUAAAGCUGAAGUGUCUGCAUUCUCAAAUGAAAGAGAACUCUUCUUGUGUAAAUUCAGCUUCAGAAACGCCAGACUUGGAAGUGGUGGGAAAAUCAGCCAAGAAAUUGAUGGGAAGACCAAAGAGUCAAAUAAGAAAAACAGAAGACGUGAAUUCAAGUACUGCAGAGGAAUCCACUUACAGGGCAUUAGUUCAAGAACUGGAUCAGGAGAAAGAGAAGAGGUGGAAAGCUGAACAAGCUGAAAAGAAACUGAGAGACUAUAUCAAAGAACUGCAGAAACAGUCAAAAGAAGAAAAGGAUAUUCAGAGUAUGGCUGUGUACACUACAGACAGGUUAAAGGAACUGAUUUUGAGAGAGAGAAAUACAAAAACAGGACUGCAAGCUGAUAUCCAGCAAUUGAAGGAUGAAACUGAAAGACUUACCAAUGAGUUAAAUCAAGCAAGAAAUAAAGAGGAAGAUCAACAAAAGGCUCUACAAACUUUAGAAGAAACAUUAUCCAAGAUGGAGACACAAAGAGUGCAGCAACAAGCAACAGGGAUGAAGCGGAUUCAAGAGGCAGAACUUAAAGCUUCAGCGACUGAGAGAGAAGUACAGUUACUUCGAGUAUCUCUUCGACAACAGAAAGAGAAGGUGCAUCAACUCCAUGAGCUUCUCAUGUUAAAAGAGCAAGAGCACAGGAGAGAACUUGAAUCCCGAGUUGCUUUGAAUGGAUCUGAAUUCCAAGAUGCCUUGUCAAAAGAAAUCGCUAAAGAACAACAGCGGCAUGAAGAACGCAUUAAAGAAUUUCAGGAGAAAAUUAGUAUGUUAAACCAGCAGUAUAUGCAGUUGGAAAAUGAAUUUCGUAUUGCUUUAACUAUUGAAGCCAAAAGGUUUAAAGAGGUUAAGGAUGGUUUUGAAAAUGUUACUGCUGAGUUAGCAGAACAUAAGUGUUCCCUUUUUCAAUCUCAGCAAAAGGAAAAGCAGUCAGCAGCUCUGAUUCAAGAGCUGACAUCCAUGGUGAAAGAACAGAAAGCAAGGAUUACAGAGGUAGUAAAGUCAAAACAAGAAACAACAGCAAAUCUAAAGAGUCGAAUCAGAGCACUUGAAACUUUGGUUGAGGAGGACAAACAAAAGACUAUUCAAAUUGAACUCCUGAAACAGGAAAAAUCAAAACUUAUUUCUCAGCUGACAGCCCAAGAAUCUGUAAUUGAUGGAUUAAAAGUGGAAAGAAAAAUAUGGGGACAAGAGUUGGCACAACAGGGAGCUUCUCUUGCUCAAGACCGUGGAAAACUAGAAGCAAAAAUUGAGGUUCUGACCAAUGAAAGUGAGAUUCUAAAAAAACAAAAGGAACGCGACAAUGAUGCACUAAGAAUUAAGACCAAAAUAGUGGAAGAUCAAACAGAAACAAUUAGGAAAUUAAAAGAAGGUUUACAGGAGAGAGAUGAGCAGAUGAGAAAACAGCGUGAAGAAAAUGUUGAAAUCCAAAAGACUUUUCAGGUACAAUUGGAUGAAAAAACUGCACAGUUAGAAGAGCUAAUGGAAAAGUUAGAAAGGCAAAAUGAAAGAAAAGAGGAAUUAAAACAACUGCUAGAAGAGAAAGAAGCAGAACUGGAAGAUAUUGGGAAAGCAUAUAGUGCAAUGAAUAAGAAGUGGCAAGAUAAAGGAGAACUACUAAGCCACCUUGAGACACAAGUUAAACAAAUGAAAGAAAACUUUGAUAUCAAGGAAAAGAAGCUGAUCGAAGAGAGAAACAAAAGCCUUCAAACUCAGAAGGUUGCAAUGGAAAAACUUCAUUCAAUGGAUGAUGCUUUUAGAAGACAGCUUGAGUCAACGCUAGCAGCUCAUCAGGCAGAAUUACUGCAGCUGGCAAAUGAAAAACAAAGACAAAUUGAAACAGCAAAUGAAAAGGUUUACCAGGUUGAAGAAGAAAUGCGUCAGCUUCUGCAAGAAACAGCAAACAGUAAAAAGGCCAUGGAAGAGAAAAUAAGGCGACUUACAAGUGCAUUAAGUGACAUUCAGCAAGAUCUCUGACGAAACAUGUAAUGCAUUAAAUCUGACCACCCUGCUCCUCUUUUUAAUAAAAGGAGUUGGUGAAGAAAUGUAAAAUAUAUACAUAAACAAAUAUACCGUAUCUUUGUUAAUAUAAUUUGUUACACUUGUUGCUGUGAUUUUUUUGUUUCCUUUAAAACACUUAUUUCCAGAGUAAUUUUUAUUUGUGUGAUUUUUUUUGAGAGUUCAAGAAUCAAAUAUGUAUUAAAACUAUGUACAGUAUUUUCAUACAAGUUAUCUGAUGUAUGUGUCUGGUAAUAUUUGUGUCCAAGCUGCCUAAGAAAUAGGUCAAAACAAAUCAACAGAUGAAAAUCACUGUAUGAGUUAAGAAUUAUCCGUAAACGAAGAGAAGGUGGAGGCAUGGCAGAUGGCGUCAGGAAUGAAGUAAGGACACAAAAAGGGUUGGGCAUGUCUAUUGUGUGCUUGGGUUCUUUCAGUUAAGAAAUCAUGGAGAUUGUCAUAUUAACAAAAAAUAAAUUGCACCCAUAAUCAGGGGAGAGACUUUUUUUUAAUAACACAUACCGUACAUGACCGUUUUGCAUAUCUGGAAUUAACACUGUUUUGAGAUAGCAUUCAGUGACUUUUCAGAGUUAAUACUGUUAUCCCAGAGAAAAGAGAGAUCUUGUUGACUUCAGCAACUGCUGAAUGUGUUCAAUAAUCUCUUCUAGACAUUACCAUUCAAACCUGAUGCUGUUCCUUGAUGUCUUUCAUACACUACGCUGUUUGUUUCAAAGGAUGCGCUCCUGUUCCCAUGCAGGGGUCCACCCUCAUGGAACAGCUUGCAGGAUCAAGGGCUAAAUAAGAAAAUUCUUGAUCUCAGGAAUUUACUCAUGUAAAUGUGAGGCUGAUUACACAGAGGCUUAACAAACAAGUGGUACUGAAAAUAUACUUCAUUCUGAAUGACAUGCUUCAGUUAUGACUUGAUUUAUACUGUUGCAUUUCUUUAAAAAUCCAAUGUUUUAAUUUUUUUAUUAAUAGCUAUGCAGUUGCUCCCUAAAAUCCCAGUGAGAGUUGGGGGUUUGGUGUUCUGGUCACUAUACGGCCUUUUAGUAAUAAAUCUGUUCUUGACUACCAUUCCUGCAUGCUCAGAUGAUUCCAUUUCUCUCUCUGAAAGGGCCUCUAAAUCUAUUUCCUGGAGAAGGAAAUGACAACUUUUGACAGACUUUAAAUCUUUAUAUGGAAAUAACUUCCAUCUCCUUUAAAAUGGUUUUAUCCAGGAUGGCAGUUUUUUGGGGUCUCUAUUGUAUCGCUACAUUUCCUUCAUUUAGUUACUUACAAUGCUGAAUGGUGCUGUGCUAUAAAAUGAUCUGAAAUUUUCAGUUGUGCAUGAAUAAAGUAUUCAGCAGAUUUGGAGUUGGAGCUGUCCUUCUAAUGGAGGAUCUUGCAAACAUUGUCAUAUCUCUACUAAUAAUAGAAGAAAAUGUUUCUUCUCCCACCCUUACCUUUUCAUUUCCUCUGCGGUGCUUGAGCCUCACUGUUUGAGGAAACACUUUUCUAGAAAACUUUCUGUGGUUGUCAACUCUCAGGCAGACUAGUGACACUGACUUAAGGCUUGAGCAUUCUGAAAAUGUGACUAAGCAUACAUGCAUGCUGGGACCUGAAGCACCCAGGUGUUUGCACUCUACACCCUCUUGUGUUGAUCUUUGUACCAAAUGUGCCUUUAAAAACUAAUAACUUGCAGGUCAACACUACCAUGGUGAAAUAUGUAGCAACAUUAUAUGUAAAGUUAUGAAUUCCCCCAUAUGAUGUUACUAGAGCAUGUUCAAGACCAGGUGGCCUUGCCUAGGUAAAGGUGUUAAAUGGUUCAAUCCUAAACAAAGGAAUGGGGGUUUGCCUUAAUUUAAAUAUAAGCAGUAAACAUGAUCAUCAAGACAGCAGGGGGAGGAGACUGCAGGAAUCAGAACAAUUUGUAUUUUAGCAAAUACCAGUGUGUGUGGGGAAAACAUUGUGGAGCUUCCUUCAGUAUCAGACUCCUGUAAGUAAUAGCAAGAAAAUGCAUUAGAGUAUCUUUUGUUUUAGCUUGUAAAUUUU